AGCGCAACACCCGCCAGCGUCAACAAGCAUUCCUUUUGAUUCAACUGUCUAAGACUCAAUUUCAUACAAGCUGGAUCGUAUGACAUUCUUUCCUGCAAGCAAUCAAAUGAUGCAAUAAGCAUGAUGGCUUGGGGUUAUUGGAUUUCUCUUUGAGAUCAAGCCGAACAAUUUCCGCAACAAUCAUGGCGGGAUAUACUAAUCUCAAGCCGCCAGCCUCCCAGCUGCCGCGGGACUCUCUCGAACUUGCCUCCUUGGCGUCCUCUUCUCCCGAAUCUCACCGUUCAUCAAUUUCUUCAUCGUCUUCCGGAGUGCCGUCCUCUCGUCGAAUUUCUUUGGAAAAUGACGAUUUUCUCUCUCCAGCAAAUGCCGCUGCCGAAAGCGGCCGGCCAGGUCAUCGUGGUCGCUCUUACUCUGUUUCUUCAGCUUUUGAAUUCGCCUCGAACCUCUUUCCAUUGUCCUUGACUGCAGGCGGAUAUGCGCCAUUGACGGCUCCGAGCUCCAUGUCACUGGAUUCGCGGAACGCUUUACAAUCUGGAUCACUUGAGAAGCACAAAACUCUGACGUAUCUCAACGGGCUCUCUCUCGUCGUCGGCUUAAUUAUUGGCUCAGGAAUAUUCUCGUCGCCCAGCCAAGUGAACUCUCACGCCGGCUCGCCAGGUGCAUCAUUGAUUGUCUGGGCGGUCGCCGGAAUACUAGCAUGGACCGGCGCCGCAAGCUAUGCGGAGCUUGGAGGAGCCAUACCCCUGAACGGAGGUGCGCAAGCCUACCUUUCCAAAAUCUUCGGCGAGCUGGCAGGAUUCCUUUAUACCUGGUGCGCAGUGUGCGUCCUCAAGCCGGGAUCAGCUGCAAUCAUCUGUAUCAUCUUCGGCGAGUACGUGGUGCGUGCGAUAGUUGGGGCAGAAAUUGAGACUAUUAGCGUCUGGAUAAGCAAAGGGGUAGCAGUCGCGGCCCUGCUUUUAAUCACGUCAUUGAACUGCAUAUCAACCAAGAUUGGUACCCGCAUGGGAGAUUUAUUGAUGCUAUUCAAGUUCAUUGCGCUCCUUGGAGUUACAAUUACCGGUGUGGUUGUGGCCAUUACAGGUUUCUCUUGGCGAGGCAAUUCAAAUGAAGACUGGAAACAUGGCAGUUGGUUUCAGGGCACAAGUAAAGAUGUGUCUAAUUGGGCUGUUGCGCUUUAUGCUGGAUUGUGGGCAUUUGACGGUUGGGACAAUGUAAAUUUUGUCACUGGCGAGUUUAUCAAUCCAUCUCGAGAUCUGCCUCGAGUCAUCCACACAUCUAUGCCACUUGUUAUAGUGUCAUAUCUACUUGCAAAUGUGGCAUACUUCUUUGUGCUUCCUUCAAAGGUUAUCGAAAAUAGCAACACGGUUGCGGUGCAAUUUGGUGCUCAGGUUUUCGGACCAGUUGGAGCUAUUGUGCUGGCUCUCGUUGUGAGCGCUAGCUGCAUUGGAGCUUUGAAUGCAACCACCUUUACCAGUGGACGGCUCGUCUAUGCCGCAGGCAAAGAAGGCUAUUUGCCUUCUGUCUUCGGUAGGAUUGGUAUCCGCCGACGAUCAGACAGCACUACCUCUAUGCGAUCACGGUCUUGGCUUACGCGCUAUCUCAAGCGCAUCUUUGGAGACGCUGGUGGCAUUGGGUAUACACCGAUCUUCGCCAUGGCAUUGAACACUGUUUUGACGGCAUGCUACAUUUUCCUCGGCGAAUUUCGCACACUUUUGACAUUCUACGGUGUGGCCGGGUACUCAUUCUACUUUUUAACCGUUCUAGGGUUGAUUGUCCUCCGGAUCAAGGAACCGUACCUGGAACGGCCAUACAAAACAUGGAUCACCACUCCUAUCAUUUUCUGUUGCGUCAGCUUGUUCCUUUUGAGUCGAGCAGUUUUCGCGGAGCCGAUCCAAACGCUUAUUGUUGUCAUUUUCGUGGCACUCGGCGUACCCGUCUUUUAUUGGCGCAUAGCUAAAAGAGAUGGAGGCCUUGGAGCCGAUGGUGGAGCGCGAACAUGGAAGUUUUGGAGAUGGAAAAAGACAUGAGCGAUUAUAUAAAAAGCGACAAUGUUUCAUUCUUGAACCUUUCGUGGUAACGUGCAUGAUACCCAGAUAGUUAGAUGGUAGAUUUGUAAAAUACCGAAUAUAUCAUCAGGAAUUAUGAUGUUUCAUUUCUUCGUUGUAAUCCGGAG